AUGGAGACAGACCUUGACGACUUCACCGACUAUGCCUCCGAGGCUCCCCUCCCCCCUCCGAGGGGCACCCCUUACGACAGAUCACCUAUGCUCUCCCGCCAUCCGAGCCGCGGCCAGUCGCCAAACAUGGCCGGCAACCCUAUACCUCCUCCGGACCGUCGGCGGAUGAGCUCGCAGAUCCACGACGGCGCAUUCGACGAAACAAUAUCGAUCCUCGACCCCCGUCGAUUCACGCCGACCCUACACGCCAACCUGGUCGCAGAGAUCUUGUCGUUGCGCCGAGAACUCGAGUCGAAGAACGGCCUCGUCGAAACCCUCGAGAACGAGCUCGAUGCAACGCGUGUCGAACAUGAGAACGCCAACGAGGCCGUGGCAACCGCCCUGAAAGAGGCGAGGGAUGUCAAGCGCCAGCUCGCUAGGGCGGAGAAGGACGACGCCAUGGCGGUGGUGGCUCAGGAACGAGACGAAGCUGUCCAAGCACUCGCGGAUUCCAAGAAGCAGAUGGAGCGGCUAUCUAAGUCGCGGCGAGCGGCUGAGGAGGAUCUCGAGCAACUAAGGAAAGCCCAGGAACGGGACAGCGAAAGAUUCGAGGAGGCGAAGAGAGGAUUCGAGCGAAGGGCCCACGUUGCCGAAGGCAGGCUCAAGGCUGUCCUGGACGAGAUCGCGGCGGCUAGAGCGAGUGCUAUGUCGCCUCCUCCACCGGCUCCUCCGACGAUGGCGCACCAUCCUUCACAUCAAAGGGUAAUGUCGGAAGAUUACGGCGACUUUCAUGGAGGUUCCGACACCCGCAGCAUCAGAUCCUCCACCAUGAGCAUCGGCGAUCGCCCGUCGAGUCUCAUGAUGGGAGACGAUGAGGCGGAGAGACUCGGUAUAUCGCUGCACGGGAACGGUGGCGGGCUGAGCUUGGCAGACGAAUUGAACUUUGACCAGUCCGAGGACGACGAAGGCACCGGCACGGAGCGAGAACAGACGGAUGCCGAGCCGGAAGAUAUGGUAUCGGACACGGAAUCGGUCGAGGAUGUCGACGAACUCCCGGAACUUGCGGACAUGGGCAUCCAGUGCGAACCCGAGAUCAACUUCGAGGAGCGGGCGCUGGAAUUGGAGGACCUUCUGGACGAGAGGGCGGUCGAGCUGGAAAGGGCUUACAACACGAUACAGCAGAAGACGGAGGAAAUGGACGCUCUCUAUUCCGAGCUCGACACCGCUCACAACCGCGCAUUCGACCUCGAGGAGAAGUUGGACUUCUUGAAUACCCAGGGCCUUGCCAAUCGGUCGUCGGAGCUCGAUGAGCGGGCGGUGAAGCUUGAUGAGCGGUCGGUGGAGCUUGAUGGGCGGACAACUGGGCUGGAUGAGCGGAGGGCGGCGCUCGAGUCGAUGUAUAUUGAGUUGGAAGCGCGGGAAACGGAGUUGCGGCAGGAGGCCGAUGUCAUGAGGGAAAUAAAUGAGGAACGCAGCGCUUCACUGGACGACCGGGAAAUCGAAUUGGAGGACCGGGAGCGCGUUUUGUCCGCCGAGGAGGCCGAGAUCAAGGAGCUAAAGGAGUGGGUGGACCAGGAAUUAAACCUAAUCAAGGAAGGAAAGGAGGAGGCCAUCGCCAUGAAACCCAAGCCAUUGAUGCAGUCUGCUGGCAUUCAAACGGAUGCUGUCAGGCCGCCCAAGCCCACGAUCCUCCGAGUGCCGGCGAUCAUGGUCAGCCCACCAGAGCCAACACCGCCGCUUCCCAAGCCGGCCAUGAGGAACGCAUCGGCACAAACGAGGCCCCAGAGAAUGAGAACACGAUCGAUGCAAACACAGCAGAUCGGAUUGGACGAACGUCUCCGGAAGUUUGCCCCGCAUCUGUUGCCUUCCGCUUUGCUGCCGAAGGCUCCUGUUCCGGUUCCGGUCGAAGUGGAACCGACACCACCGGAGUCGCCAGCUUUCAUCCCGCGGAGGAGUUCAAAGAGAACUGCGCGGCGCUCCGUCACUGCACCAAUCCCCGCUCCCUCCGAGCCCGAACCGGGUAUGCACGAUAUGGGAGUCGGCACUACGCAGAUUUACAGCUCGCCAAAGACGGACGAUGAAAUUUAUCUUACUAGAGCCAGGAGUCGGAAGGAGAUGGUACCGAAGAACCUCUUCAACAACAUCGACCUCUCUCCCGAUAACGAGGUCGGCUCUUCCGGAGACGACGGGUUCCCAGAUGAGGGUGAUAGUGGCAGCGAGUACAGGACGGCACUUUCAGCACCGAAGCCGAGGGGUGCGCGACGAAACACACCGGCGCUCAAGCUCAACAUGCCAAUGGCAGUCGCAGACGCCGAUAUACCACGAAGGCAAGCCAGUGUACGGCGGGGUGCCAUGGUUGCGUCCGGCGUUGCUGCACACGGUCGGGUUCGUAGUCCAAGCCUGACGAGUAACCGCACUUCCGAAAGCGGUAACACCUCGGCGGUGGCGAAGGUUGGACCACCAUUCCCGGUUCCUACCAGACACAGCUCGAAGCGUCCGGGUUACCUGAGCGAUCGCGACAGAGCCACGCCUAGUCCAACUGGAUCUCAAAAGUUGAAACGAGGUAGCUCUUCGAGGCCAAAGCCGCCAAGGCCGCAGUCGAUCCGUAAGGUCAGGUCGGCUACUGUUCUGCCUUCCACUCGCGACGGCACAAGGUCGCCUCCGCCGUUGAGUACUUCCUCAAUUGCGCCCUCAAGUCCAGGAUUACCACCUCCCCUACCUAGGGAUGAGAUUUCCUCGACUGCGUUUGAUCGCCGAGGAUUUGGACAGUCCAGACACAGGCACCAGGCUAGUAACAAUACUCAAAACACCAUGAACACCAACAAUACCAGCAAUACCUUGAAUACCAGCACCACCGUGACUACCAACAACCCAGGCCAAGUUUCUGGGGGAACUGUUCAGCAGACGAGUGUUGUGGAUGCCAUUGCCCAGACCAUGGUCGGAGAGUGGAUGUGGAAAUAUGUCCGCCGGAGGAGGUCCUUUGGAGUUUCCGAUGCCAAUCCCCAGGGUGAUGAUUCCGCAGGAGGCCAACGACACAAACGCUGGGUAUGGCUGGCGCCUUACGAAAGGGCUGUCAUGUGGUCCAGUCGACAACCCACAAGCGGCAGCGCACUUUUAGGUAAAAGUGGUAGAAAACUCCUGAUUCAAUCUGUGCUUGAUGUGAAGGAUGACACUCCAUUGCCAAAGGGGGCCGCACAGACAGUUUUCAAUAGGAGCAUUCUCAUUUUGACCCCGGCGAGGGCACUGAAAUUUACGGCACCGAGUAGAGAGCGCCAUUACGUUUGGCUGACUGCGUUGAGCUUCCUGAGUCAUUCGGCGGAGUCCAAUGAUGGGUUGCUUGCGCUGCCGCCGCCCAUGCCGUUUGAAUACGACCAGGUGGAUCGCCGUCACCCCGCACCGCCGCCAGUUCCCCCAGCAGCCCCGGCGAGGUUGAAUGCAUUUAGCGCAACGCGAGAUUCCGUGCGACUUACCAAGGGCAAGGGUAGAGUUUCUCCUUCUGCCAACAACAGUGCAUACCCGAGUGCCCACGGGUCUGCAGCCGUAAGUCCUGGGUUGUUGAAUCCGGGCGCCAUGGCCAGCACGGAAACUCUGUCGGCCGAACCGCCGACGAUCCCCCGGUUCCCCGGGACUUCAAGGCGAAGGAGGAGCAACAGCAACAUGCACCGGCCACAAACCCGAGGAGGAUACGAAAAGAGUCUGGAAUCGUACAGUACUAGCAAUGCUGGCUCGACCAACGGCGAUUCGUUCCGGCCGGACUCGUUCUACGGUGUUGGCGGCAUCGGCUUGCCCGCUGGCAAUGCCGCCGGCAAUGCUGGCGGAGGUGCGAGCGGCUGGGACGCAGGGCCUGUGGGGACCGUAAGAAUGGAGGCGUUCAUCGACCGGCAGACCCAGCAGUACGAAGAUUACGAUGUCGACGACACGAGCUCGAGGCCCGACAGCUACCACGUAAAACGAGACCGCAGGGCGAGUAGGCAUGAGGCGUACUGGGGCCGGGGGGCGGGCUUCUAUGGAGCGCCGGAAGACUUUUGGCGCGGAGGCGAUGACCCAUUCCGUGGAUUCUAA